AUGGAAGACCAAACAACAACUCCUGUUCGGGAGCAGCACAGGUUCAACACUGUCAAUCUUCAGCGAUAUCUGGCUGGAAAGGCACGAGGGGUGUCCAACAAUGACAGGUUCACUGUCAGACAAUACAGGUAUGCUCACCUUUUAUCUAAAGCGUUCCAGUUCCAUAUAAAUGUGCAUGCUUCAUAAAAUGUAGUGAGACACUGUCCAUGCCUUCCGUGUCUGCUCAUUUCAGUGCUGGACAGUCCAACCCCACCUUCCUUAUCCAGACACCUUCUGACAGCUAUGUGCUGAGAAAGAAACCGCCUGGAAUGCUUCUGCCAGGGGCUCACAAGGUAGUUAUGCUGCAAAACCUUCUCGAUAGUUUGCAAAUGAGCAAGAACACUAGUAAAAUGCACUGUGCUCUUUGACACAGUUGUAGUUGUUUAGCUGUAUUAUUUUUCUCCAGUAGAGGGAGACAAAGUUUCAAGUUACAAGUACAGUGAAAUGCCUUGUAAGCUCUAAACCCAACAAUGCAGUGAUCAAUAUCAAUGUAGUACUAAAAAAUAACAUAAGGUAGAACAAAAACACAAGAUAAAUACAAAUAAGAAGAACACGAGAAAGUAAGAAGCUAUAUACAGGGACAGUUUAAAACCAUAUUUCCAAUGUGCAGGGAUAGGCUACUUGAGUGGUAGAGGUAGAUAUGUAUAGGUUAAGGUGACUAGGCAUCAGGAUAAAUAUAUGUGUGUUGGAGUGUUAGUGUGCGUAUAUGUAUAGUCCUGUGAGUGUGCAUGGAGACAGUGCAAAAAUAAAUACAUAAAUACAAGUGUCAACUCAGAUAGUCCAUGUAGCAAUUUUGCUAGCUAUUUAGCAGUCUUAUGAUUUGGGGAUAGAAGCUGUUCAGGAGCCUGUUGGUGUCAGACUUGAUGCACGGAUACCGCUUGCCGUGCGGAAGCAGAGAGAACAGUCUAUAGCUUGGGUGCCUGGAGUGUUUAAUGGUUUUGUCAAUGCUUGGGAUAGACUAGAGAAUGUAAUAAUAAUAACCCAACAAAAUGCUUUUGAUUUGAUACAUUUUGUCAUGUAUGCAUGACUUUUAUUUCUUUGGAAGGGUAGACAUUCGUGACGGCCCGUCCCAACCGAGGCUUAUGUCGAAAAAUCCAAAAUGUUUUUUAUUUAUUUUUAUUACCAACAUUUCGAUUCAGAGCUCCAAAAUGGCAUGUCAUACACUAUAUGCAUGUGAAAGUUAUGCUGCUUUAAAAGUUGAUACAUUUGUUAUCCCACUUAGGGAGACAAGUUAGAGAAAAUGCCCUUGAAAGAUUGUGUUGUGCUAGAGAGCUCUUCUUUGUUUACGCCCCCAUUCAGCAUCAUAUAUAAAUGCAUGGCCAACCAUCAGCAUGGUCAACCACUCCAUUAUCUCAGCCAAUUAUGGCUAGCCAGGAAGGAUCCUGUCUUUCCCCCUAUAUUUUUAAUUUUUUUAUUUAACCUUUAUUUAACCAGGUAAGCCAGUUGAGAACAAGUUCUCAUUUACAACUAUAUAGCUCAGUGCUUUCUCCUUGGCUAAACUAGGCUAAUAAUUUAACAUUUGUAUGCAUAUUUACAGAUCCCAUACAUGUUUGUAAUUAAGGCACAUGAAAAUUCACAUGUUCAAGAAGGCAUUUCUGCAAAAUGGCCCUACUGUGAAGUAGGAACUAGCAUCAUCCGCCCCCGUUGAGCUGACGUGUCACAUGUCUGUUUUCUGUGUGUGAGGUGGACAGAGAGUAUCGGGUGCAGAAGGCCCUGUUCUCUGCUGGGUUCCCAGUACCCCGGCCACUACUACACUGCACUGACACAGGGCUGAUCGGAACUGAGUUCUACCUGAUGGAGCAUGUACAGGUAGGUCAAUGCUGCGCAGUGCACAAACUCACACCAUCUGUGUGAGCCUUUAUAUGCACUUUUGAGCUCUAGUAUGAAUUACACACAAACUUUCACUCUGUUAUGUCUGGCUGAUGAGUAUUAUGUUUGUGUACUCCUGAGCCGUUUGGUCAGAUGUCAUUGCAUUCCCCUUUCUGUGUGGUGUAGGGGCGUAUAUUCCGGGACUUGAGGCUCCCAGGGGUGAGUGCAGCGGAGAGGGCAGCACUGUAUGUGUCUGCAGUGGAGGUUCUGGCCCGUCUUCACUCCUUGGACCUAACCACCAUGGACCUAGAGGGGUACGGGAGAGGGCCUGGAUACUGCAAGAGACAGGUAAAAGAUAGAUAUCCUCCACUUAUUCCCAUUCCAUGUUAUUCCUUUCCCUUUCCAAUCCCAUUUGCAUCCCACUUUGGUCUUGAAAUAUAAUUUUCACUUUGACCGUUUAUUAAUCAAAAGGUGUCUACCUGGACAAAGCAAUACAGAGCAGCUGCCCACAAAGAAAUCCCAGUUAUGGAUAAGCUCUCUGAUUGGCUGUUGAGCAACCUGCCGACCAAUGACAAUGAAGUGGCCCUUGUCCAUGGGGACUUUCGAGUGGACAACCUGAUAUUCCAUCCUACUGAGGUAGAAGCAUGACAUGACAUGAACCUUACAUUAAACAGUAAUAAUACUGUAAUAAAUAAUUGCAUUUUAUAGCACCUUUCUAAAGGUGUUUUUCAUUGUAUAUGAGACUAAUGUGGUAGAGGAAAUGAAUGACUGAAGUGUGCAUAUCUAAUAGACAAAUGUAAUCUUUCUCUCUAGGCUCGUGUGGUGGCUGUGUUGGACUGGGAGCUCUCCACCACGGGCCAGCCAAUGGCAGACCUGGCCUACUUCCUGAUGCCCAACUAUUGGCCCAGCAGCAUGAGCCUCCUCAGCAACAUGGGCAGCCUGAGGGGUGUGGAGGGUAUGACCUCUGAACUCUUAUAUCUGACACUGUUAAAGAUGCGGCAGGCAGAACUAACACAGAUCUAGGAUCUGCUUACAAGCUCUAAACCCUAACUUAAACCAUUAAGCAAGAACUCUGGAAACAGACCUUAGAUUCGUUUCUAGGGGCAAUGUAGUCCUACUCUGUUCUCUACAGCUUGGAUUUUAUGUGGCCUAAUUUGAUUUUCAUCUGUCAGAAAAUGAUUCUGCUUGGUGUAAUGCUAUUGAGUAACUCUCUCUUUUUCUCUGUCUAUUUAUUUCUAAAUGGCCAGGUAUACCUUCUCCUGAGGACCUGAUCUCCAUCUACUGCCGCUGCCGGGAGAUCCCAUCUUCUCUGCCUCAGCUCAAUUUCUACCUGGCCCUCUCUGUCUUUAAGAUGGCAGGGAUCGCUCAGGUUAGUCUCUCUCUCUCUCUCUCUGUGUCUCUCUCUCUCUCUCUCUCUCUCUCUCUCUCUCUCUCUGUCUCACACACACACACACAAACACAAACAAUACGAUAAGAUAAGAUCAGUGGUGGAAAAGGUACCCAAUUGUUAUACUUGAGUAAAAGUAAAGAUACCUUAAUAGAAAAUGACUCAAGUGAAAGUCAGCCAGUAAAAUACUACUUGAGUAAAAUUCUGUAAGUAUUUGGUUUUAAACAUACUUAGGUAUCAAAUGUAAUUGCUAAAAUGUACUUAAGUAUCAAAAGUAAAAGUAUAAAUCAUUUCAAAUUCCUUAUAUUAAGCAAACCACACAGCACCAUUUUCUAGUUUUUUUAAAUUUACGGAUAGCCAGGGGCACACUCCAACACUCAGACAUCUUUACAAAUGAAGCAUUUGUGUUUAGUGAGUCUGCCAGAUCAGAGGCAGUAGGGAUGACCAGGGAUGUUCUUUUGAUAAGUGUGUGAAUUUGACAAUUUUCCUGUCCUGUUAAGUAUUCAGUAUUUUUGGGUGUCAGUGAAAAUGUAUGGAGUAAAAAGUAAAUUAUUUUCUUUAGGAAUGUAGUGAAGUAAAAGUAAAAGUUGUCAAAAAUAUAAAUAGUAAAGUAAAGUACUAAUAUCCCCAACAAACUACUUAUUAGUACUUAAGUACUUAUUUUUACUUAAGCACUUUACACCAUAAUAUGCACCUUUUCAGUGAUAGCACAUGUUCCUGAAUGCACAUGAUGGCCAUUGAAAUGCCAGAUGGACUGGUGUAAAUGAAGGAACACACACACAAACACACACACACACAGUGUUGCAUUUUUUGAUGCUCUCUCUCUGUAUCUCUCAACUUGUCAUCUCUUUGGCACUGUUCAGCUGAAGAGGCAGCUAAUGAGCUCAAACUAUUCCCAGGUCCACAGUCUCAUCUCAUCAAUCUCAUCAAGACAGACACACACACACAUACACAUACACACACACACACACACACACUUUGUCUUGUCUGCUUUCAUUAUCUUUAUUCUGUACCAAAGCAGACUGCUGUGGUAUGAUCUGUAAAAAAAAAAAUCCUCAAUCAGCUUUCAUCUAUCUCUGAUGCCAUUUUCCCUCUUUCGUGCUGAUAACACUAUCUUACUGAUAGAGGACUUCUGAGGACUGAGAUAGUUUAGAGAAAUGUCUCUGCUCACAGAGGAUCUUGUCUCUGCUCACAGAGGAUCUUGUCUCUGUGUGUCUGUUUGUAUGUCUGUAACUCCUUCCCUCUCUCUCUCUCGCUCCUCUCUUUCUCUUUCUCUCUCUGUUAUAGGGGGUCUAUGCGCGCCACCUCCUGGGCAAUGCCAGUGCUCCCAAUGCUGCCCAGUUUGGCCAGAGUGUGGAGCUGUUGGCCCAGGUUGGGCUGCAGAUUGCAGAGAGGUUAACAUGAUACUAAAACUACAGUCUAUCAUCUCAUAAUAAAUAGUGCCUGUGUGUAUAAUAACUGAAAUGGUAUGUUUGUGUGUGUCUGCCUGUUUGUAGCCCCUCCAGGUCGGUCCAUGCUGAUGCCAGACUGUUCCUCCAGACGGCUAAAGGCCAGGCUGUCCACCGGCAGGUCACAGAGUUCAUGAAACAACACGUGCUUCCUGCUCAGCAGGUCAGUUCAAAGGUCAGAGGUCAAGAGCAGAGAAGACAGUCGGAGGAACUCCUCAUUACUGGGUUGUAUGAGUCAGAGUGGCGGUCAGGGUAAUGAGGUACAGAGAGUGCUGGAGGGAGCGAGCUAAGUGCACUCACACUUACAUCCGUCAACAAACACACACAUUGUUCACAUACCUCAUAAAGAGCAUCUGGGACGUAUUAAAUGGAAACAACAAUGGAUACAAGACAAGAGCUUGUACAAGAGCUGAUGAUUCCAUAUCCUCAUUGAGUCUGUCUCUUCUGUAGUCAUUAUACAUUUCUGUCUGAGUGUACUGUAUUGUAAAGUUGCAACCUCCUGAAUUAGUCCACAGUUUGUAUAUUCACCAGUGAAUGACUCUGACUGUUUUCCCCCCAGGAAGUGGCAGAGUACUACUCUAAACACGCCCACUCGCCCCAGAGAUGGCACACUCCCCAGGUGAUAGAGGAUCUGAAGGUAAGGAAGGACACGAGGGGGUGAUGUUGGUGUUCUUUGAUGUCAGCUCUUGUAGAGUGUUUGAGGAGUAAGUUGAAGUUGCCCCUAGACAUUGAUCUUGGGUCAGUAUUGCAUUUUCCCCAUUUAAUGCUUAAGGUUAGGAUUGGGGAGGAGAAGCUGAUCCUAGAUCUGUACCUAGGGGAAACUUCACCCUGGAGCGGUGUUUGAGUUCAGAGGUAAUUUAAGAUAUCCCCCCUAGGUGAAGGCCAGAGAGGCGGGGCUGUGGAACCUCUUCCUACCAGCAGUCAGCGGUCUCAGUCAGCUAGACUAUGCCCACAUCGCAGAGGAGACGGGACGAUGCCUCUAUGCCCCCGACAUCUUCAACUGCCAGGCCCCUGGUAAGGCAUGGUCACCACUGAUGAAGCCUGUUGAAGUUACUGUUUGAUAGUGUACUAAGUUUUAGACUAAGUUUUUCGCUGAUGCACAACCAGGUAGAUGAUUUUUGUGUUCAUAACCAUUCAUGACUGAUAAAUUAAUCUAAUCUAAUGAUGUGAAAACAUACUGGUAAUCACGUUUCAUAUUAAUGUAAUUAUUCUGUCAUAAAUUAAGUUAUGAUGAGUUACAGUGGGGAGAACAAGUAUUUGAUACACUGCCGAUUUUGCAAGUUUUCCUACUUACAAAGCAUGUAGAGGUCUGUAAUUUUUAUCAUAUGUACACUUCAUCUGUGAGAGACGGAAUCUAAAACAAAAAUCCAGACAAUCACAUUGUAUGAUUUUAAGUAAUUAAUUUGCAUUUUAUUGCAUGACAUAAAUAUUGAUCACCUACCAACCAGUAAGAAUUCCGGCUCUCAAAGACCUGUAGUUUUUCUUUAAGAAGCCCCCUGUUCUCCACUCAUUACCUGUAUUAACUGCACUUGUUUGAACUCGUUACCUGUAUAAAAUACACCUGUCCACACACUCAAUCAAACAGACUACAACCUCUCCACAUGGCCAAGACCAGAGAGCUGUGUAAGGACAUCAUGGAUACAAUUGUAGACCUGCACAAGGCUGGGAUGGGCUACAGGACAAUAGGCAAGCAGCUUGGUGAGAAGGCAACAACUGUUGGGCCAUUAUUAGAAAAUGAAAGAAGUUCAAGAUGACGGUCAAUCACCUCGGUCUGGGGCUCCAUGCAAGAUCUGUCCUCGUGGGGCAUCAAUGAUCAUGAGGAAGGUGAGGGAUCAGCCCAGAACUACACGGCAGGACUGGUCAAUGACCUGAAGAGAGCUGGGACCACAGUCUCAAAGAAAACCAUUAGUAAACACACUACGCCGUCAUGGAUUAAAAUCCUGCAGUGCACGCAAGGCCCCCCUGCUCAAGCCAGUGCAUGUCCAGGCCCGUCUGAAGUUGCCAAUGACCAUCGGGAUGAUCCAGAGGAGGAAUGGGAGAAGGUCAUGUGGUCUGAUGAGACAAAAAUAGAGCUUUUUGGUCUAAACUCCACUUGCCGUGUUUGGAGGAAGAAGAGGAUGAGUACAACCCAAGAACACCAUCCCAACCAUGAAGCAUAGAGGUGGAAUCAUCAUAUUUGGGAUACUUUUCUGCAAAGGGGACAGGAUGACUGCACCGUAUUUAGGGGAGGAUGGAUGGAGCCAUGUAUCGCGAGAUCUUGGCCAACAACCUCCUUCCCUCAGUAAGAGCAUUGAAGAUGGGUCUUGGCUGGGUCUUACAGCAUGACAACGACCCGAAACACACAGCCAGGGCAACUAAGGAGUGGCUCUGUAAGAAGCAUCUCAAGGUCUGGAGUGGCCUAGCCAGUCUCAGACCUGAACCAAUAGAACAUCUUUGGAGGGAGCUGAAAGUCCGUAUGCCCAGCGACAGCCCGAAACCUGAGGAUCUGGAGAAGGUCUGUAUGGAGGAGUGGGCCAAAAUCCCUGCUGCAGUGUGUGCAAACCUGGUCAAGACCUACAGGAAACGUAUUUCUUUUUGGGCUUAGUUGUGGUCAAGUUGCAGUGUACAAAUUAUUAUAAUUGGGUACCCCUGCGAGUUGCAUUGUCUUUGUGAUGUGAUGGUGUCAUUGGAUACUUCCUAGAUCUAUGGUUGUGUUUGCCCCUACAGACACAGGGAACAUGGAGGUCCUCCACAUGUUUGGUACUGAGGAGCAGAAGAGAGAGUGGCUCCAGCCCCUGCUCAGUGGACAGAUCCGCUCCUGCUUCUGUAUGACAGGUACACUCUCAGCCCCAGAGCCAUGCAUUAAUAUAUGGCUACACUAUAUCCCUACUAUGUAAUACUGUAUCUCUAUAUACGGCUCCACUUCAUCCUAAUCAUGUCAGUUCAUGUAGCACAAUAAGAUAUGACAUAAUGGAGUGCAUUUAUAAAGUACCUCAAAUCGCAUUACAUGAUAUGGUGAUAACUCUGCCCUUGUACCACAAAUAUGUACUCUAAUAGCUUCCACCUGCGUAAAUCUACUUGUUAAAUUCACUCACUCGAUCUUCUUUUUAAUUACGUUUUGAGUUAUAAUGUCGACAGGAGGCUGGAAAAGCCCACUUACUCCAAAAUAGACCAGUGACAUGCUUAAAUGGUCGCUUUCUUGUGCCAGUAUGUUCACCACACAAAAAGGCAAACUCAGCUUCAUCAUUCAUUGAAUCAGAUGGCUCAUUCAUCACAAAAACAACUGAUAUUGCCAACUACUUUAAUGAUUUUUUCAUUGGCAAGAUCAGCAAACUUAGGCAUGACAUGCCAGCAAUAAACGCUGACACUACACACCCAAGUAUAUCUGACCAAAUCCAAGUAUAUCUGACCAAAUUUUGAAUUCCGUAAAGUGAGUGUGGAAGAGGUGAAAUAAUGAUUGUUGUCUAUCAACAAUGACAAGCCACCGGGGUCUGACAACUUGGAUGGAAAAUUACUGAGGAUAAUAGUGGACGAUAUUGCCACUCCUAUUUGCCAUAUCUUCAAUUUAAGCCUACUAGAAAGUGUGUGCCCUCAGGCCUGGAGGGAAGCAAAAGUCAUUCCACUACCUAAGAAUAGUAAAGCCCCCUUUACUGGCUCAAAUAGCCGACCCAUCAGCAUGUUACCAACCGUUAGUAAAGUUUUGGAAAAAAUUGACAACAGACUUUCAGCAUGCUUAUAGGGAAGGACAUUCAACAAGCACAGCACUUACACAAAUGACUGAUGAUUGGCUGAGAGAAAUUGAUGACAAAAACUGUUUUGUUAGACUUUGUCACGAACAUUGAGAGACGGGUCAGACCAAGGUGCAGCGUGAAAAGCGUACAUGUUUAUUAACUAAAUAAACAUACAACAAAACAAGAAACAACGUAACGUGAAGUCCUCAGGCUAUACACAUACAAGCCUAAACGGAACAAGAUCCCACAACUAAGGUAGGCAACAUGGCUACCUAAGUAUGAUCCCCAAUCAGAGACAACGAGCGACAGCUCUCUGAUUGGGAAUCACACCCGGCCAAACAUAGAAAUACAACCUAGAUCUGCAACAUAGAAAUAGACUAACAUAGAUCUCAAAUAGAAAUUAACACCCUGACUCAACAAACAAGAGUUCCAUAGGUCAGGGCGUGACAGACUUCAGUGCAGCUUUUGACAUUAUCGAUCAUAGUCUGCUGCUGGAAAAACGUAUGUGUUCUGUUAGACAGGGAACGCUUCAUCCACAAUAUAGCAGGGGAUGUAAAGCCAUAACACAUACGUUUUUCCAGCAGCAGACUAUGAUCGAUAAUGUCAAAAGGGUUUUCUUUAAUAGAAGCCUCCAACACAAUCCAGGAAGAAUUAGGAAUUCCCCAGGGCAGCUGUCUAGGCCCCUUACUUUUUAAAAUCUUUACUAACGACAUGCCACUGGCUUUGAGUAAAGCCAGUGUGUCUAUGUGUGCGGAUGACUCAACACUAUACACGUCAGCUACUACAGCGACUGAAAUGACAGCAACACUUAACAAAGAGCUGCAGUUAGUUUCAGAAUGGGUGGCAAGGAAUAAGUUAGUCCUAAAUAUUUCAAAAACGAAAAGCAUUGUAUUUGGGACAAAUCAUUCCCUAAACCCUAAACCUCAACUAAAACUUGUAGUAAAUAAUGUGGAAAUUGAGCAAGUUGAGGUGACUAAACUGCUUGGAGUAACCCUGGAUUGUAAGCUGUCAUGGUCAAAACAUAAUGAUACAACAGUAGCGAGGAUGGGGAGAAGUCUGUCCAUAAUAAAGCGCUGCUCUACCUUCUUAACAGCACUAUCAACAAGGCAGGUCCUACAGGCUCUAGUUUUGUCACACCUGGACUACUGUUCACUCGUGUGGUCAGGUGCCACAAAAAAGGAUUUAGGAAAAUUGCAAUUGGCUCAGAACAGGGCAGCACCGCUGGCCCUUGGAUGUACACAGAGAGCAAACAUUAAUAAUAUGCAUGUCAAUCUCUCCUGGCUCAAAGUGGAGGAGAGAUUUACUUUAUCACUACUUGUAUUUGUGAGAGGUAUUGACAUGUUGAAAGCACCGAGCUGUCUGUUUAAACGACUAGCACGCAGCUCAGACACCCAUGCAUACCCCACAAGACAUGCCACCAGAGGUCUCUUCAUGGUCCCCUAGUCCAGAAUAUAAUAUGGGAGGUGCACAGUACUACAUAGAGCCAUGACUACAUGGAAGUUUAUUCCACAUCAGGUAACUGAUGCAAGCAGUAUAAUCAGAUUUAAAAAAACAGAUAAAAAUACACCUUACGGAACAGAGGGGACUGUGAAGCAACACAAACAUAGGCACAGACACAUGCGUACACACACAUUAUAACAUAUGCGCUAUACACACACAUACACAUGGAUUUUGUGUUGUAGAGGAGUAGGGGCCUGAGGGCACACCAUUUUGCCAGACCCCAGGAAGAGUAGCUGCUGCCUUUGCUAAUGGGGAUCCAUAAUAAAUACAAAUACACAUGACCCUUUGGAAAGUACACUCUUAGAAAAAAAGGUGCUAAGUAGAACCGUACAGGGUUCUUCUUCUUUAUCCCCAUAGGGGAACCCUUCUAUCUAUAACCCUCUAUGUAGGGUUCUUCAAAGAACCCCUUGUACAGUGAGGGAAAAAAGUAUUUGAUCCCCUGCUGAUUUUGUACGUUUGCCCCAUGAAAAGACAUGAUCAGUCUAUAAUUUUAAUGGUAGGUUUAUUUGAACAGUGAGAGACAGAAUAACAACAACAAAAUCCAGAAAAACGCAUGUCAAAAAUUUUAUAAAUUGAUCUGCAUUUUAAUGAGGGAAAUAAGUAUUUGACCCCUCUGCAAAACAUGACUUAGUACUUGGUGGCAAAACCCUUGUUGGCAAUCACAGAGGUCAGACAUUUCUUGUGCAAACCUGGUGGUCAACUACACAUCUCAGCAGGGAUUUUGUCCCACUCCUCUUUGCAGAUCUUCUCCAAGUCAUUAAGGUUUUGAGGCUGACGUUUGGCAACUCGAACCUUCAGUUCCCUCCACAGAUUUUCUAUGGGAUUAAGGUCUGGAGACUGGCUAGGCCACUCCAGGACCUUAAUGUGCCUCUUCUUGAGCCACUCCUUUGUUGCCUUGGCCGUGUGUUUUGGGUCAUUGUCAUGCAGGAAUACCCAUCCAUGACCCAUUUUCAAUGCCCUGACUGAGGGAAGGAGGUUCUCACCCAAGAUUUGACGGUACAUGGCCCCGUCCAUCGUCUCUUUGAUGCGGUGAAGUUGUCCUGUCCCCUUAGCAGAAAAACACCCCCAAAGCAUAAUGUUUCCACCUCCAUGUUUGACGGUGAGGAUGGUGUUUUACAUUUACAUUUACGUCAUUUAGCAGACACUCUUAUCCAGAGCGACUUACAAAUUGGUGCAUUCACCUUAUAGCCAGUGGGAUAAACCACUUUAUAAUAUGUUUUUUUUGUUGUUUUUUUGGGGGGGGGGGGGGGGGGGUAGAAGGAUUACUUUAUCCUAUCCCAGGUUUUCCUUAAAGAGGUGGGGUUUCAAGUGUCUCCGGAAGGUGGUGAGUGACUCCGCUGUCCUGGCGUCGUGAGGGAGCUUGUUCCACCAUUGGGGUGCCAGAGCAGCGAACAGUUUUGACUGGGCUGAGCGGGAACUGUGCUUCCGCAAAGGUAGGGGGGCCAGCAGGCCAGAGGUGGAUGAACGCAAUGCCCUUGUUUGGGUGUAGGGACUGAUCAGAGCCUGAAGGUACAGAGGUGCCGUUCCCCUCACAGCUCCGUAGGCAAGCACCAUGGUCUUGUAGCAGAUGCGAGCUUCAACUGGAAGCCAGUGGAGUGUGCGGAGGAGUGGGGUGACGUGAGAGAACUUGGGAAGGUUGAACACCAGACGGGCUGCAGCAUUCUGGAUGAGUUGUAGGGGUUUAAUGGCACAGACAGGGAGCCCAGCCAACAGCGAGUUGCAGUAAUCCAGACGGGAGAUGACAAGUGCCUGGAUUAGGACCUGUGCCGCUUCCUGUGUAAGGCAGGGUCGUACUCUGUGAAUGUUGUAGAGCAUGAACCUACAGGAUCGGGUCACCGCCUUGAUGUUAGCGGAGAACGACAGGGUGUUGUCCAGGGUCACGCCAAGGCUCUUUGCACUCUGGGAGGAGGACACAACAGAGUUGUCAACCGUGAUGGCGAGAUCAUGGAACGGGCAGUCCUUCCCCGGGAGGAAGAGCAGCUCCGUCUUGCCGAGGUUCAGCUUGAGGUGGUGAUCCGUCAUCCACACUGAUAUGUCUGCCAGACAUGCAGAGAUGCGAUUCGCCACCUGGUUAUCAGAAGGGGGAAAGGAGAAGAUUAGUUGUGUGUUGUCUGCGUAGCAAUGAUAGGAGAGGCCAUGUGAGGAUAUGACAGAGCCAAGUGACUUGGUGUAUAGCGAGAAUAGGAGAGGGCCUAGAACUGAGCCCUGGGGGACACCAGUGGUGAGAGCACGUGGUGCGGAGACAGAUUCUCGCCACGCCACUUGGUAGGAGCAACCUGUCAGGUAGGACGCAAUCCAGGAGUGAGCCGCGCCGGAGAUGCCCAACUCAGAGAGGGUGGAGAGGAGGAUCUGAUGGUUCACAGUAUCAAAGGCAGCAGACAGGUCUAGAAAGACAAGAGCAGAGGAGAGAGAGUUAGCUUUAGCAGUGCGGAGAGCCUCCGUGACACAGAGAAGAGCAGUCUCAGUUGAAUGACCAGUCUUGAAACAUGACUGGUUUGGAUCAAGAAGGUCAUUCUGAGAGAGAUAGCAAGAGAGUUGGCUAAAGACGGCACGCUCAAGAGUUUUGGAGAGAAAAGAAAGAAGGGAUACUGGUCUGUAGUUGUUGACAUCGGAGGGAUCGAGUGUAGGUUGUAGGGGUGCAACUCUCUCUCUCUUGAAGACGGAAGGGACAUAGCCAGCGGUCAAGGAUGAGUUGAUGAGCGAGGUGAGGUAAGACAGAAGGUCUCCGGAAAUGGUCUGGAGAAGAGAGGAGGGGAUAUUGUCAAGCGGGCAGGUUGUUGGGCGGCCGGCCGACACAAGUCGCAAGAUUUCAUCUGGAGAGAGAUAGGAGAAAGUAGUCAAAGCAUAGGGUAGGGCAGUGUGAGCAGUACCAGCAGUGUCAUUUGAGAGGAGAACAAACGAGGAUUGGAUGUCGUCAACCUUCUUUUCAAAAUGGUUGACAAAGUCAUCCACAGAGAGGGGGGGGGGGGGGAUUCAGCAGGGAGGAGAAGGUGGCAAAGAGCUUCCUAGGGUUAGAGGCAGAUGCUUGGAAUUUAGAGUGGUAGAAAGUGGCUUUAGCAGCAGAAACAGAGGAAGAAAAUGUAGAGAGGAGGGAGUGAAAAGAUGCCAGGUCCGCAGGGAGUCUAGUUUUCCUCCAUUUCCACUCGGUUGCCCGGAGCCCUGUUCUGUGUGCUCGCAAUGAGUCGUCAAGCCACGGAGCAGGAAGGGAGGACCGAGCCGGCCGGGAGGAUAGGGGACAUAGAGAGUCAAAGGAUGCAGAAAGGGAGGAGAGGAGGGUUGAGGAGGCAGAAUCAGGAGAUUGGAGGGAGAAGGAUUGAGCAGAGGGAAGAGAUGAUAGGAUGGAAGAGGAGAGAGUAGCGGGAGAGAGAGAGCGAAGGUUGCGACGGCGCAUUACCAUCUGAGUAGAGGAGUGAGUAGUGUUGGAGGAGAGCGAGAAAGAAAAGGAUACAAAGUAGUGGUCGGAGACAUGGAGGGGAGUUGCAGUGAGAUUAGUAGAAGAACAGCAUCUAGUAAAGAUGAGGUCAAGCUUAUUGCCUGCCUUGUUAGUAGGGGGGGACGGUGAGAGGGUGAGGUCAAAAGAGGAGAGGAGUGGAAAGAAGGAGGCAGAUAGAAAUGAGUCAAAGGUAGACGUAGGGAGGUUAAAGUCACCUAGAACUGUGAGAUGUCAGCCAUCCUCAGGAAAGGAACUUAUCAAGGCGUCAAGCUCAUUGAUGAACUCUCCAAGGGAACCUGGAGGGCGAUAAAUGAUAAAGAUGUUAAGCUUGAAUGGGCUAGUGACUGUGACAGCAUGGAAUUCAAAUGAGGAGAUUGACAGAUGGGUCAGGGGAAAAAGAGAGAAUGUCAACUUGGGAGAGAUGAGGAUUCCUGUGCCACCACCCCGCUGACCAGAUGCUCUCUGGGUAUGCGAGAACACAUGGUCAGACGAGGAGAGAGCAGUAGAAGUAGCAGUGUUUUCAGUGGUAAUCCAUGUUUCCGUCAGUGCCAAGAAGUCGAGGGACUGGAGGGUAGCAUAGGCUGAGAUGAACUCUGCCUUGUUGGCCGCAGAACGGCAGUUCCAGAGGCUGCCGGAGACCUGGGUCGUGUGUGCAGGGACCACCAGGUUAGAGAGGCAGCAGCCACGUGGUGUGAGGCGUUUGUAUAGCCUGUGCGGAGAGGAGAGAACAGGGAUAGACAGACACAUAGUUGACAGGCUACAGAAAAUGGCUACAAUAAUGCAAAGGAGAUCGGAAUGAAAUGAACUAAACAUCUGGGAAAGCGAGAGCACCUCCCUCACUUACGUUUCACUGAAACACCCAAAUAUAACUCUCCCAACUUCCACCUCAGAAACUAUAAUUGUUGUAAACUACAGCGGUUCAAUGUUUUCUAGGAAUAAACUAACUUAGUUUAUUCAGCUAGCUAACUUGGUACAGUAUUAUUCCGUGAAAACCGUCCAGGGCACCUAGUCCUAUGACGCCAUAGCCAACUAGCAUGCCAGGCUCCAAUAACACGGUUUAGCACCAAUACUCGGCCACAACAAACCACCAGUGUGUCAACACGCCAAGCAGAUAAUUCGUGUCCGUGUCUAACAUUGUGGGUUAGUCCCGACAGCUUGAGCGAGUCCGUUGUCAACUUAUUCAGCCAGUUAGUUAGCUAGAAUAGUUAGCAUACUAGCUAGCCAUUGCUUUCUGCCAACCAAAAAACGGCACGAACACACAGAGAGAGCCAAGCUAACGUUAACUCUGUAGAGCACGGCGCUUGUAACGCCAAGGUAGUGGUUUCGAUCCCGGGACCACCCAUACACAAAAAAAAUGUAUGCACGCAUGACUGUAAGUCGCUUUGGAUAAAAGCGUCUGCUAAAUGGCAUAUUAUAUUAUAUAUUAUUAUUAUAUUAUAUUAUAUAUUAUAACUAGUCACCCAUGUCCCGAAUUCCCUUGAACGACUCUGGUUACCAGUAUGUAAAAAACUAAACACAGAUGUAGGUUAUAACUUACCCCUAGCAGCUACUGUUAGCUAGCCAAGUGCAAAGCUAGCCACGGAAUCGACUCAGCCAGUUGGCGUCUGUUCGCUAGGUCGUUCCAGCUAUUGUUUAUGACACCAUUUGUAUAAAACCACCACACCCUGUGCAGUGUGUAUGUUUUUUCUUCUUCUCAUCGCCUCUAACCCUCUGUUCUUGGAGUCAUAGGCAGCAUUCCUCCUCCUCCAAACACGGUGAGGUGAGUUGAUGCCAAAUAGCUCGAUUUUGGUCUCAUCUGACCACAAAACUUUCACCCAGUUCCCCUCUGAAUCAUUCAGAUGUUCAUUGGCAAACUUCAGACGGCCCUGUGUGUGUGCUUUCUUGAGCAGGGGGACCUUGCGGGCGCUGCAGGAUUUCAGUCCUUCACGGCGUAGUGUGUUACCAAUUGUUUUCUUGGUGGCUAUGGUCCCAGCUGCCUUGAGAUCAUUGACAAGAUCCUCCGUGUAGUUCUGGGCUGAUUCCUCACCGUUCUCAUGAUCAUUGCAACUCCACGAGGUGAGAGCUUGCAUGGAGCCCCAGGCCGAGGGAGAUUGACAGUUCUUUUAUGUUUCUUCCAUUUGCGAAUAAUCGCACCAACUGUUGGUCACCUUCUCACCAAGCUGCUUGGCGAUGGUCUUGUAGCCCAUUACAGCCUUGUGUAGGUCUACAAUCUUGUCCCUGACAUCCUUGGAGAGCUCUUUGGUCUUGGCCAUGGUGGAGAGUCUGGAAUCUGAUUGAUUGAUUGCUUCUGUGGACAGGUGUCUUUUAUACAGGUAACAAGAUGAGAUUAGGAACACUCCAUUUAAGAGUGUGCUCCUAAUCUCAGCUCGUUACCUGUAUAAAAGACACCUGGGAGCCAGAAAUCUUUCUGAUUGAGAAGGGGUCAAAUAACUAUUUCCCUCAUUAAAAUGCAAAUCAAUUUCUAACAUUUUUGACAUGCGGUUUUCUGGAUUUUUUUGUUGUUGUUAUUCUGUCUCUCACUGUUCAAAUAACCCUACCAUUAAAAUUAUAGACUGAUAAUUUCUUUGUCAGUGGGCAAACGUACAAAAUCAGAAGGGGAUCAAAUACUUUUUUCCCUCACUGUAUAUGAUUCUGCCUAAAACCCUCUAUGAAGGGUUCUACCAAGAACCAUUUUAUCAUCUAAAGGUUCUUCCUAGAACCACCUAUGAAGGGUUCUACCGAGAACCCUUUUAUCUUUGGAGGGUUCUUCCUUGAACCCUCUAUGAACAAUUCCACCAGCAUUAUUAGCCUUUAAAAUGUUAUUAUUGAUGACAAUACAUUAAAUAUAUCAUAAGGCCUUUGAGGGCCUAGUUAUACCCUAACAUAGUGGUGUUAGGAAUCUCCUGGUUACAGGCCACAUCAGGCCUGCAGGUAACAUACACUACUGGUCAAAAGUUUUAGAACACCUACUUAUUCAAUGGUUUUUCUUUAUUUUUUACUAUUUUCUACAUUGUAGAAUAAUAGUGAUAUAUGAAAACUAUGAAAAAACACAAAUGGAAUCAUGUAUUAACCAAACAAAAAUGUUAAACAAAUCAAAAUAUAUUUUAUUUUAUUUUUAUGAAACAGCCACCCUUUGCCUUGAUGACAGCUUUGCACACUCUUGGCAUUCUCUCAACCAGCUUCACAUGGAAUGCUUUUCCAACAGUCUUAAGGACUUCUCACAUAUGCUGAGCACUUGUUGGCGGCUUUUCCUUCACUCUGCGGUCCGACUCAUCCCAAACCGUCUCAAUUGGAUUUAUAAAAAAAUAUAUAAAAAAAUUAAGGUUGGGUGAUUGUGGAGGCCAGGUCAUCUGAUGCAGCACUCCAUCACUCUCCUUCUUGGUAAAAUAGCCCUUACACAGCCUGGAGGUGUGUUGGGUCAUUGUCCUGUUGAAAAACAAAUGAUAGUCCCACUAAGCCCAGACCAGAUGGGAUGGCGUAUCGCUGCAGAAUUCUGUGGUAGCCAUGCUGGUUAAGUGUGCCUUGAAUUCUAAAUAAAUCACAGACAGCGUCACCAGCAAAGCACCCCCACACCAUAACACCUCCUCCUCCAUGCUUUACGGUGGGAAAUACACAUGCGGAGAUCAUCCGUUCACCCACACCCCGUCUCACAAAGACACGCCGGUUGGAACCAAAAAUCUCAAAUUUGGACUCCAGACCAAAGGACACAUUUCUUCCAGUCUAAUGUCCAUUGCUCGUGUUUCUUGGCCCAAGCAAGUCUAUUCUUAUUAUUGGUGUCCUUUAGUAGUGGUUUCUUUGCAGCACUUCGACCAUGAAGGCCUGAUUCACACAGUCUCCUCUGAACAGUUGAUUUUGAAAUGUGUCUGUUACUUGAACUCUGUGAAGCAUUUAUUUGGGCUGCAGUUUCUGAGGCUGGUAACUCUAAUGAACUUAUCCUCUGCAUCUAAGCUGUCAAGGCAAAGGGUGGCUAUUUUAAGAAUCUCAAAUAUAAAAUAUAUUUUGAUAUGUUUAACACUUUUUUGGUUACUACAUGAUUCCAUAUGUUAUUUCAUAGUUUUGAUGUCUUCACUAAUAUUCUAGAAUGUAAAAAAUAGUAAAAACCCUUUAAUGAGUAGGUACUACCUACAGUAUAUAUAUAUAUAUAUAUAUAUAUAUAUAUAUAUAUAUUUCCUUUAUUAUUUUCCACUAACCCUACCACCCCUCCCCUAAUUGGAGAAAACGAAUGAACAACAACACUUACUCUUUUACUUCCAGCUUAUACACACUAUAUACCUUUUACGGACACAAUCUAUUUUACAAUAGUUAUAUUUUGUUUGUUUUUAGUCCUUCCUCUACCCUCAACCUCUCCCAUCUAUUUCUGAAGUCCAUCCAGUUUGAAUUUUAUUUUCCAUAUAUUUUUAACUGUGCUGUUUCACAAAAGUUCUGAACCUAUAUACAUUUUACAGACCCAGUAUAUUUUACAUUUGUUAUCUUGUUGUUAUUAGUUGUUGUUAUUAGUCUCACCCUUCAGCUCCAUUCAACUCCUCCCAUCUAUCUCUUAACACCAUCCAUGGCUUUCUAUUUGCCAUAUAUUUUUCAACUGUGCCUUGAUGCUUCACAAAAGUUCUGAACCUUUCUAUUCUCAUAGUUUCUACAGAUUGUAAAUUAAAGAUAAACAUUUUUCCUAAAGUAUUAUUAUAUUAUUGAUCGAUUGACCAUGACUUUUCAAAUCACCCAGUAUUGCUAUCUGCAGCGUUAGCUCCAGGUAAAUGUUGCAAUUCUUCAGCUAUUCCUGUACCUGUGACCGAAAACAAGCUACAUAUCAAAAUAAAUGAUCUAAUGACUCCGUCUCUUUGCAGUAAAAUCUGCAGAGCUGGGAAGGUUGUAUCCCCCAUAUAUAUAACAUUAUAUUGGUUGCAAGAAUUUUGUAGAAUAACUUAAAUUGAAAAAUUCUAAGUUUUGAAUACGGUGUUGUUUUGCGUAUCAGUUCAUAAACCAUGUGCCAUGGAAUCGGUACUCUAAAAUCUCUUCACAACUAUUUUGCAAUCUAUAUGGCACAGGUGUAAAUUUGUUGGUCCUUAAAUUAAACUGGUAUAUAUUUUUUUUUAAUCACCAUUUUCUUUAACCAAUUUUGGUCUUUAAUGCAGGGCCUACAGACAAGUUCCUUACUUUUUCCACCUUCCACUUGCCUCUUCCAUAUUUGCGGUAAUUGCUGCAAUUAGUUGGUUGUAAUUUUAACAUAACUCCAACAGGCCUACAGUGGGGGAAAAAAGUAUUUAGUCAGCCACCAAUUGUGCAAGUUCUCCCACUUAAAAAGAUGAGAGAGGCCUGUAAUUUUCAUCAUAGGUACACGUCAACUAUGACAGACAAAAUGAGAAUUUUUUUCUCCAGAAAAUCACAUUGUAGGAUUUUUUAUGAAUUUAUUUGCAAAUUAUGGUGGAAAAUAAGUAUUUGGUCAAUAACAAAAGUUUCUCAGUACUUUGUUAUAUACCCUUUGUUGGCAAUGACACAGGUCAAACGUUUUCUGUAAGUCUUCACAAGGUUUUCACACACUGUUGCUGGUAUUUUGGCCCAUUCCUCCAUGCAGAUCUCCUCUAGAGCAGUGAUGUUUUGGGGCUGUCGCUGGGCAACACGGACUUUCAACUCCCUCCAAAGAUUUUCUAUGGGGUUGAGAUCUGGAGACUGGCUAGGCCACUCCAGGACCUUGAAAUGCUUCUUACGAAGCCACUCCUUCGUUGCCCGGGCGGUGUGUUUGGGAUCAUUGUCAUGCUGAAAGGCCCAGCCACGUUUCAUCUUCAAUGCCCUUGCUGAUGGAAGGAGGUUUUCACUCAAAAUCUCACGAUACAUGGCCCCAUUCAUUCUUUCCUUUACACGGAUCAGUCGUCCUGGUCCCUUUGCAGAAAAACAGCCCCAAAGUAUGAUGUUUCCACCCCCAUGCUUCACAGUAGGUAUGGUGUUCUUUGGAUGCAACUCAGCAUUCUUUGUCCUCCAAACACGACGAGUUGAGUUUUUACCAAAAAGUUCUAUUUUGGUUUCAUCUGACCAUAUGACAUUCUCCCAAUCCUCUUCUGGAUCAUCCAAAUGCACUCUAGCAAACUUCAGACGGGCCUGGACAUGUACUAGCUUAAGCGGGGGACACGUCUGGCACUGCAGGAUUUGAGUCCCUGGCGGCGUAGUGUGUUACUGAUGGUAGGCUUUGUUACUUUGGUCCCAGCUCUCUGCAGGUCAUUCACUAGGUCCCCCCGUGUGGUUCUGGGAUUUUUGCUCACCGUUCUUGUGAUCAUUUUGACCCCACAGGGUGAGAUCUUGCGUGGAGCCCCAGAUCGAGGGAGAUUAUCAGUGGUCUUGUAUGUCUUCCAUUUCCUAAUAUUUGCUCCCACAGUUGAUUUCUUCAAACCAAGCUGCUUACCUAUUGAAGAUUCAGUCUUCCCAGCCUGGUGCAGGUCUACAAUUUUGUUUCUGGUGUCCUUUGACAGCUCUUUGGUCUUGGCCAUAGUGGAGUUUGGAGUGUGACUGUUUGAGGUUGUGGACAGGUGUCUUUUAUACUGAUAACAAGUUCAAACAGGUGCCAUUAAUACAGGUAACGAGUGGAGGACAGAGGAGCCUCUUAAAUAAGAAGUUACAGGUCUGUGAGAGCCAGAAAUCUUGCUUGUUUGUAGGUGACCAAAUACUUAUUUUCCACCAUAAUCUGCAAAUAAAUUCAUAAAAAAUCCUACAAUGUGAUUUUCUGGAAUUUUUUUCCUCAAUUUGUCUGUCAUAGUUGACGUGUACCUAUGAUGAAAAUUACAGGCCUCUCUCAUCUUUUUAAGUGGGAGAACUUGCACAAUUGGUGGCUGACUAAAUACUUUUUUCCCCCACUGUAUUUACGAUAUAAUUUACAAAGAUUAUACCUUUUUAUUUAUUUUUAUUGAAAAAUUCUGUGUUUCUUUUAUCAAUUAGUAUAUUUGAGUUUAACCACAAUAUUUGUUGUAUUAUAUGUUCCGUCUUUUCUGGUGGAUUAAAUUGAAAUUGCAACCAACUUCCUAUGGCUUGUUUUAAAAACAACUAUAUUUUGGAGAUUAUUUUGUUUUCAAAUAACCGAAAGUGAGGGAUUGUAAUCUGAAUAAAGGGAAAAAGGCCAUUCUUGAACAUUGGGUGAGACAUUCUUACUAAUUUGCUAGAGAACCAGUUUGGAUUUAAGUAUAACUUUUGUAUGACUGACGCCUUUAGUGAGAGGUCUAAUGCUUUAAUAUUUAAUCAUUUCUGCCCUCCGAAUUCAUAUUCAUUAUAUAAAUAGGCCCUUUUCAUUUUGUCUGGCUUGCCAUUUCAAAUAAAAUUGAAUAUCUUUUGGUCAUAUUAUUUAAAAAACUGUUCGAUAGGUGAAGGCAAGGCCAUAAGUAAAUAGGUAAACUGGGAUAUGACUAAAGAUUUAAUCAGGGGGAUUUUUCCACAAAUAGACAGGUAUUUUCCUUUCCAUGGUAGCAAGAUCUUAUCUGUUUUUGCUAACUUUCUAUUAACAUUUAUUGGAGUGAGAUCAUUUCUUUCUUUCGGGAUAUGUAUACCGAGUAUGUCCACAUCCUCGUCAGACCAUUUUAUUGGUAAAGUACACGGUAAUGUAAAAGUUGUAUUUUUUAGUGAUCCAAUACGCAAUAUAGUACACAUCAUAAUUUGGUUUUAAUCCAGAGAGGUGAGGCUGUGGAGGGAUCGAAAUUGUGGAUUUAAAAGAAAACAACAUGAAUCAUCAGCGUACAAUGACACGUUUGUUUUUAAGCCCUGGACUUCUAACCCCUUACAAUUAUUGUUGGAUCUGAUUUUACAGCUAACAUUUCGAUGGCAAUAAUAAAUAGAUAUGCCGACAGAGGACCACCUUGUUUUACUCCUCUUGACAGUUUAAAACUUUCUGAAGUAAACAUUAUUUAUUAUUUUACACAUAGGGUUACUAUACAUAACUUUAACCCAUUUUAUAAGAGAUUCUCCAAAAUUGAAAUAUUCCUGGCAUUUAUAUAUAAACUCCAGUCGUACUUUAUCAAAGGCCUUUUCAAAGUCAGCUAUGAAUACCAGGCCUGGUUUCCCAGAUUUUUCAUAGUGUUGUAUUGUUUCCAGUACUUAUAUUAUCUCCAAUGUAUCGUACAUCUAAAAAACCUGUCUGAUUAGGAUGAAUAAUAUCCAACACUACCUUUUUAAUUCUAUGUGCUAAGCAUUUUGCUAUAUUUUUUGCAUCACAACACUGAAGUGUAAGAGGCCUCCAAAUCUUUUAAUGGACUGGAUCUUUAUAUUUACCACUUGGAUCCUGUUUCAGUAAUAAUGAAAUCAGACCUUCUUGUUGAGUGUCUGAUAAUCUACCAUUUAUAUAGGAGGGGUUAAAACAUGCUAAUAACGAUCCGCUGAGUAUAUAAAAAAAUGAUUCUUAUACCUCCACUGGUAUGCCAUCCAGCCCUGGAGUUUUCCCGGACUUAAAGGCUUUAAUUGCAUCAAGAAGUUCCUCCUCUGUAAUUUGGCCUUCACAUGAGUCUUUCUGUAUGGCUGUUAAUUUUACAUUAUUAAUAGAAAUAAAAUCCAUACAAUUAGCUUCGGUUAGUGGAGAUGGAGGAGACUGAAAUGAAAACAUAUGCUUAACGUACUUUACUUGCUCUUUCAAAACAUAAUUUGGUGAAUCAUGGGAGACUCCGUCAUUUGUAACAAUUAGUACAUUCUUUUUGGUAGCAUUUCUAUGUUGAAAAUGAAAAAAGAAUUUGGUGCAUUUUCCCCCAUAUUCCAGUUCGCUUUAUAUUUAUUAUAUAUUACACUUGAUCUUUCUUGAAUAAGUUCCUCCAUUUCUUUUAGUUUUUCCUCUAACUUAUUCUGAGCCUCUAUAGUACAGUUAUUAUUGAAUUAUCUCUGGCCCCCUCCCAGUUAGGGGAAGUGACGAGCUCUACAGCAGAGUCUCAGCACUUAAUCGCUGGUUGAAAACUGUUUUCUGCCCCUCCCAAAAUAUAACAUUUGUGGAUAAUUGGCCCUCUUUCUGGGACUCACCCACAAACAGGACCAAGCCUGACCUGCUGAGGAGUGACGGACUCCAUCCUAGCUGGAGGGGUGCUCUCCUCUUAUCUACCAACAUAGAUAGGGGCUCUAACUCCUCUAGCCCCACAGUGAAAUAGGGUGCAGGCCAGGCAGCAGGCUGUUAGCCAACCUGCCAGCUUAGUGGAGUCUGCCAUAGCACAGUCAGUGUAGUCAGCUCAGCCAUACCCAUUGAGACUGUGUCUGUGCCUCGACCUAGGUUGGGCAAAACUAAACAUGGCGGUGUUCACCCUAGCAAUCUUAUUAGGAUAAAGACCUCCUCCAUUCCUGCCAUUAUUGAAAGAGAUCGUGAUACCUCACAUCUCAAAAUAGGGUUACUUAAUGUUAGAUCCCUCACUUCAAAGGCAGUCAUAGUCAAUGAACUAAUCACUGAUCAUAAUCUUGAUGUGAUUGGCCUGACUGAAACAUGGCUUAAGCCUGAUGAAUUUGCUGUGUUAAAUGAGGCCUCACCUCCUGGUUACACUAGUGACCAUAUUCCCCGUGCAUCCCGCAAAGGCGGAGGUGUUGCUAACAUUUACGAUAGCAAAUUUCAAUUUACAAAAAAAAAUAUGGCGUUUUCAUCUUUUGAGCUUCUAGUCAUGAAAUCUAUGCAGCCUACUCAAUCACUUUUUAUAGCUACUGUUUACAGGCCUCCUGGGCCAUAUACAGCGUUCCUCUCUGAGUUUCCUGAAUUCCUAUCAGACCUUGUAGUCAUAGCAGAUCAUAUUCUAAUUUUUGGUGAUUUUAAUAUUCACAUGGAGAAGUCCACAGACCCACUCCAAAAGUCUUUCGGAGCCAUUAUCGACUCAGUGGGUUUUGUCCAACAUGUCUCUGGACCUACUCACUGCCACAGUCAUACUCUGGACCUAGUUUUGUCCCAUGGAAUAAAUGUUGUAGAUCUUAAUGUUUUUCCACAAAAUCCUGGACUAUCGGACCACCAUUUUAUUACAUUUGCAAUCGCAACAAAUAAUCUGCUCAGACCCCAACCAAGGAGCAUCAAAAGUUGUGCUAUAAAUUCUCAAACAACACAAAAAUUCAUUGAUGCCCUUCCAGACUCCUUCUGCCUACCCAAGGACGUCAGAGGACAAAAAUCAGUUAACCACUUAACUGAGGAACUCAAUUUAACCUUGCGCAAUACCCUAGAUGCAGUUGCACCCCUAAAAACGAAAAACAUUUGUCAUAAGAAACUAGCUCCCUGGUAUACAGAAAAUACCCGAGCUUUGAAGCAAGCUUCCAGGAAAUUGGAACGGAAAUGGCGCCACAACCAAACUGGAAGUCUUCCGACUAGCUUGGAAAGACAGUACCCGUGCAGUACCGAAGAGCCCUCACUGCUGCUCGAUCAUCCUACUUUUCCAACUUAAUCGAGGAAAAUAAGAACAAUCCAAAAUUUAUUUUUGAUACUGUUGCAAAGCUAACUAAAAAGCAGCAUUCCCCAAGAGAGGAUGGCUUUCACCUUCAGCAGUGAUAAAUUCAUGAACUUCUUUGAGGAAAAGAUCAUGACCAUUAGAAAGCAAAUUACGGACUCCUCUUUGAAUCUGCGUAUUCCUCCAAGGCUUAGCUGUCCUGGAUCUGCACAGCUCUGCGAGGGCCUGGGAUCGGGAGAGACACUUAAGUGUUUUAGUACUAUAUCUCUUGACACAAUGAUGAAAAUAAUCAUGGCCUCUAAACCUUCAAGCUGCAUACUGGAUCCUAUUCCUACUAAACUGCUGAAGGAGCUGCUUCCUGUGCUUGGCCCUCCUAUGUUGAACAUAAUAAACAGCUCUCUAUCCACCGGAUGUGUACCAAACUCACUAAAAGUGGCAGUGAUAAAGCCUCUCUUGAAAAAGCCAAACCUUGACCCGGAAAAUAUAAAAAACUAUCGGCCUAUAUCGAAUCUUCCAUUCCUCUCAAAAAUUUUUGAAAAAGCUGUUGCGCAGCAACUCACUGCCUUUCUGAAGACAAACAAUAUAUACGAAAUGCUUCAGUCUGGUUUUAGACCCCAUCAUAGCACUGAGACUGCACUUGUGAAGGUGGUAAAUGACCUUUUAAAUGGCGUCAGACCGAGGCUCUGCAUCUGUCCUCGUGCUACUAGACCUUAGUGCUGCCUUUGACACCAUCGAUCACCACAUUCUUUUGGAGAGACUGGAAACCCCAAAUUGGUCUACACGGACAAGUUCUGGCCUGGUUUAGAUCCUACCUGUCGGAAAGAUAUCAGUUUGUCUCUGUGAAUGGUCUGUCCUCCGACAAAUCAACUGUACAUUUCGGUGUUCCUCAAGGUUCCGUUUUAGGACCACUAUUGUUUUCACUAUAUAUUUUACCUCUUGGGGAUGUUAUUCGAAAACAUAAUGUUAACUUUCACUGCUAUGCGGAUGACACACAGCUGUACAUUUCAAUGAAACAUGGUGAAGCCCCAAAAUUGCCCUCGCUAGAAGCCUGUGUUUCAGACAUAAGGAAGUGGAUGGCUGAAAACUUUUUACUUUUAAAACUCGGACAAAACAGAGAUGCUUGUUCUAGGUCCCAAUAAACAAAGAGAUCUUCUGUUAAAUCUGACAAUUCAUCUUGAUGGUUGUAAAGUCGUCUCAAAUAAAACUGUGAAGGACCUCGGCGUUACUCUUGACCCUGAUCUCUCUUUUGACGAACAUAUCAAGACUGUUUCAAGGACAGCUUUUUUCCAUCUACGUAACAUUGCAAAAAUCAGAAAUUUGCUGUCCAAAAAUGAUGCAGAAAAAGUAAUCCAUGCAUUUGUUACUUCUAGGUUAGACUACUGCAAUGCUCUAUUUUCCGGCUACCCGGAUAAAGCACUAAAUAAACUUCAGUUAGUGCUAAAUACGGCUGCUAGAAUCCUGACUAGAACCAAGAAAUUUGAUCAUAUUACUCCAGUGCUAGCUUCCCUACACUGGCUUCCUGUUAAGGCAAGGGCUGAUUUCAAGGUUUUAUUGUUAACCUAUAAAGCGUUACAUGGGCUUGCUCCUACCUAUCUUUCCGAGUUGGUCCUGCCGUACAUACCAAUACGUACGCUACGGUCACAAGACGCAGGCCUCCUAAUUGUCCCUAGAAUUUCUAAGCAAACGCGGGAGGCAGGGCUUUCUCCUAUAGAUCUCCAUUUUUAUGGAACAGUCUGCCUACCCAUGUGAGAGACGCAGACUCGGUCUCAACCUUUAAGUCUUUACUGAAGACUUAUCUCUUCAGUAGGUCAUAUGAUUGAGUGUAGUCUGGCCCAGGAGUGGUGAAGGUGAACGGAAAGGGCUGGAGCAACGAACAGCCCUUGCUGUCUCUGCCAGGCCGGUUUCCCUCUCCACUGGGGUUCUCUGCCUCUAACCCUGUUGCAGGGGCUGAGUCACUGGGCUUGCUGGUGCUCUUUCAUGCCGUCCCUGGGAGGGGUGCGUCACUUGAGUGGGUUGAGUUACUGACGUGAUCUUCCUGUCUGGGUUGGCGCCCCCCCCUUGGUUUGUGCUGUGGUGGAGACCUCUUGGGCUAUACUCGGCCUUGUCUCAGGAUUGUAAGUUGGUGGUUGGGGAUAUCCCUCUAGUGGUGCGGGGGCUGUGCUUUGGCGGAGUGUGGUGGGGUUAUAUCCUUCCUGUUUGGCCCUGUCCGGGGGUUUCUUCUUCGGAUGGGGCCACAGUGUCUCCGGACCGCUCCUGUCGCAGCCUCCAGUAUUUAUGCUGCAGUAGUUUAUGUGUCGGGGGGGCUGGGGUUAGUUGGUUAUACCUGGAGUACUUCUCCUGUCUUAUCCAGUGUCCUGUGUGAAUUUAAGUAUGCUCUCUCUAAUUCUCUCAUUCUCUCUUUCUCUCUGAGAACCUGAGCCGCCCUAGGACCAUACGUCAGGACUAACCGGGCAUGAUGACACCUUGCUGUCCCCAGUCCGCCUGGCCUUGCUGCUAUUCCAGUUUCAACUGUUCUGCCUGCGGCUACGAAACCCCUACCUGUCCCAGACCUGCUGUUUUCAACUCUUAAUGAUCGGCUAUGAAAAGCCAACUGAGAGACCUGAGCCCUAGGACCAUACGUCGGGACUACCGGCCGUGGUGACUCCUUGCUGUCCCCAGUCCCGCCUGGCCUUGCUGCUAUUCCAGUUUCAACUGUUCUGCCUGCGUUAUGGAACCCCUACCUGUCCCAGACCUGCUGUUUUCAACUCUUAAUGAUCGGCUAUGAAAAGCCAACUGAGAUAUAUUCCUGAUUAUUAUUUGACCAUGCUUGUCACUUAUGAACAUUUUUUGAACAUCUUGGCAUGGUUCUGUUAUAAUCUCCACCCGGCACAGCCAGAAGAGGACUGGCCACCCCCCUCAUAGCCUGGUUUCCUCUCUAGUUUUCUUCCUAGGUUUUUUCGCCUUUCUAGGGAGUUUUUUCCUAGCCACCGUGCUCUCACCAUGCAUUACUAGCUGUUUGUGGGGUUUUAGGCUGGGUUUCCUGUACAGCACUUCGAGAUAUUAGCUGAUGUAAGAAGGGCUAUAUAAAAUAAAAUUGAUUGAUUGAUUGAUUGAUUUCUAUCUGUACUGUUAGUCCUUCCAUUUCCUUUGGUUAAUAUGGACUCUUUUGACCUAAAUUGCUUUUGUUUCAGAGAUGAGUACUGAAUUGCAUGGCCUCUAAAGGCACAUUUAAAAUGUCCCAUACAAUAAGGGGAUCUGCUGUACCUAUGUUUAUUUGGAAAAGGUCAGUUAUAAAUAGUUCUGUCCUAGUUAAAAACAAUAUCAUCCAAUUUCCAAUACAGUGGGGAAAAAAAGUAUUUAGUCAAGCCACCAAUUGUGCAAGUUCUCCCACUUAAAAAGAUGAGAGAGGCCUGUAUUUUCAUCAUAGGUACACGUCAACUAUGACAGCAAAAUGAGAAAAGAAAUUCCAGAAAAUCACAUUGUAGGAUUUUUUAUGAAUUUAUUGGCAUAUGAUGGUGGAAAAUAAGUAUUUGGUCAUAACAAAAGUUUCUCAAUACUUUGUUAUAUACCCUUUGUUGGCAAUGACACAGGUCAAACGUUUUUCUGUAAGUCUUCACAAGGUUUUCACACACAUGUUGCUGGUAUUUUGGCCCAUUCCUCCAUGCAGAUCUCCUCUAGAGCAGUGAUGUUUUGGGGCUGUCGCUGGGCAACACAGACCUUUCAACUCCCUCCAAAGAUUUUCUAUGGGGUUUGAGAUCUGGAGACUGGCUAGGCCACUCCAGGACCUUGAAAUGCUUCUUACGAAGCCACUCCUUCGUUGCCCGGCGGUGUGUUUGGGAUCAUUGUCAUGCUGAAAGACCCAGCCACGUUUCCAUCUUCAAUGCCCUUGCUGAUGGAAGGAGGAUUUCACUCAAAAUCUCACGAUACAUGGCCCCAUUCAUUCUUUCCUUUACACGGAUUAGUCGUCCUGGUCCCUUUGCAGAAAAACAGCCCCAAAGCAUGAAUGUUUUCCAACACCCAUGCUUCACAGUAGGUAUGGUGUUCUUUGGAUGCAACUCAGCAUUCUUUGUCCUCCAAACAUGACGAGUUUGAGUUUUUUACCAAAAAGUUAUAUUUUGGUUUCAUCUGACCAGUAUGACAUUCUCCCAAUCCUCUUCUGGAUCAUCCAAAUGCACUUCAGACGGGCCUGGAACAUGUACUGGCUUAAGCAGGGGGACACGUCUGUCACUGCAGGAUUUGAGUCCCUGGCGGCGUAGUGUGUUACUGAUGGUAGGCUUUGUUACUGUUGGUCCCAGCUCUCUCUGCAGGUCAUUCACUAGGUCCCCCCCCGUGUGGUCCUGGGAUUUUUGCUCAACCGUUCUUGUGAUCAUUUUGACCCCACGGGGUGAGAUCUUGCGUGGAGCCCCAGAUCGAGGGAGAUUAUCAGUGGUCUUGUAUGUCUUCCAUUUCCUAAUAAUUGCUCCCACAGUUGAUUUCUUCAAACCAAGCUGCUUACCUAUUGCAGAUUCAGUCUUCCCAGCCUGGUGCAGGUCUAACAAUUUUGUUUCUGGUGUCCUUUGACAGCUCUUUGGUCUUGGCCAUUGUGGAGUUUGGAGUGUGACUGUUUGAGGUUGUGGACAGGUGUAUUUUAUACUGAUAACAAGUUCAAACAGGUGCCAUUAAUACAGGUAACGAGUGGAGGACAAGGAGCCUCUUAAAGAAAUAAGUUACAGGUCUGUGAGAGCCAGAAAUCUUGCUUGUUUGUAGGUGACCAAAUACUUAUUUUCCACCAUAAUUUGCAAAUAAAUUCAUAAAAAAUCCUACAAUGUGAUUUCUGGAUUUUUUUUCCCUCAUUUGUCUGUCAUAGUUGACGUGUACCUAUGAUGAAAAUUACAGGCCUCUCUCGUCUUUUUAAGUGGGAGAAACUUGCACAAUUGGUGGCUGACUAAUACUUUUUUCCCCCCCUGUAUGUAUAUGGGUAAGUGGACUAAUGCAACAGGAGAAUGCUAUUCAUUGACUACAGCUCAGCGUUCAACACCAUAGUGCCCCUCAAAGCUCAUCACUAAGCUAAGGAUCCUGGGACUAAAACACCUCCCUCUUGCAACUGGAUCCUGGACUUCCUGACGGGGCCGCCCCCAGGUGGUAAGGGUAGGUAACAACACAUCUGCCACGCUGAUCCUCAACACGGGGCCCCUCAGGGGUGCGUGCUCAGUCCCCCUCCUGUACUCCCCUGUUUCACCCAUGGACUUGCAUGGCCAGGCACGACUCCAACACCAUCAUUAAGGUUGCCGACGACACAACAGUGGUAGGCCUGAUCAACCGACAACGAUGAGACAGCCUAUAGGGAGGAGGUCAAAGACCUGGCCGUGUGGUGGCAGGAUAACAACCUCUCCCUCAACAUGACCAAGACAAAGGAGAUGAUUGUUGACUACAGGAAAAAAAAGAGGACUGAGUCACGCCCCCAUUCUCAUCGACGGGGCUGUAGUGGAACAGGUUGAGAGCUUCAAGUUCCUUGGUGUCCACAUCACCAACAAACUAUCAUGGUCCAAACACACCAAGACAGUCGUGAAGAGGGCACGACAAAGCUUAUUCCCCCUCAGGAGAACCUAAAAGAUUUGGCAUGGGUCCUCAUAUCCUCAAAAAAAGUAAACAGAUUGCAACCAUCGAGAGCAUUCUUACUGGUUGCCAAAAAAUCACAAUCCCAAAAAAACAAACAUCACCGCCGGGUAAGGGCAACUGCUUGGCCUUGGACUGCUCGGCCUCCGCCGGAGUGUAUGGCAACUGAACUGCUCUGCUCGUCCUCCUCCGCUCCCUCAGGCACUACAGAGGGGUAGGGCGUAGCCCAGUACCUCACUGGGCCAAGCUCGCCUUGCAAUCCGAAUGACCUCUAUACCAUGCGGUGUCAGAGGAAGGCCCCCGCAAAUUGUCAACAGGACCCAGCCAGACCCUAGUCAUAUACUGUUCUCUCUGCUACCGCACGGCAAAGCACACCCCAACGGUACCGGAGUGCCAGUCUACAAAAGGCUUCUCAACUCAAAACACCCAGCUGUCACCUACCCCCCCCACCCACCACCACCCCAAGCCAUAAGACUAAGGACCCUUAACAUCUAUCAUGCUAACCCCGUACUAUUUUUAUUAUUAAAAUACCUUACCCCCACAACCACCGCACCCUUUUACUUAACCAAUUAUUAUAGUAAUAACUUAAAAUAAAAAUACCCCCCCCCAUCUUCUUACGUACGUUUACCGCUUAACGCGGCUGCUACUUGCGCUGCUACCACUACCUGUUAAUUAUUUAUUCAUAGUCACUUUAAAACUCUACUUAAACUAAACCUCUACACCCACAUGUACAUAAUUUACCUGCAACUACCCGAUACCUCAAUAGUAGCCGGUGCCGGGCCCCUCAACUAUCUCGGUGCCCCACUCAACUAGACCGGUGGCCAACUCAACUACCACUAUUACCAUUACUCUCUCAACUACGCUCACACUAUCCUUGCCCCGCCACAUUGACUCUCUGGCAAGCAACCGUUACCACCAACCCGCCACCCCCCACCUACCGCUACCCCCACCCCCCCCCCACCUACCCCCCACCUACCAACCCCCCCCCCCCCCCCCCCCGUCGCCCUACCCUCCCCCACCCCUGUACAUCUCCGCCUUUCCCUACUGUUUAUUUUAUUUUACUUCUGCUCUUUUUUUUCUCACACUUUUUUGUUGUUGUUGUUUUAUUUUAACUUUCCUAUGGAGAAAUAAAUGCAAGUUUUGUUAAGGGCUUGUACGUAAGGCAUUUACGGUAAUGUCCUACAAACACUUACACCUGUUUGUAUCGCGUCCCUAUUGGCAAAUAAAAUUUGAUUUGAUUUAUAUUGCUUGUAGGGUAAUAAAUAAAUGAUACUUAUACCCUACGUAUAUAUUUUCAAAGAAGUGUGGAGAUCUAUUAUUUGGACGCGUAAUAGGUUAAUUGAGGCCUAUCUGUUUGAGGUCCAUAACAUUUAAAAAUCAUCCAUCUCCUUGAGGAUCUGUUUGGACAAUUUGCAAACAGACAUUCAUUCGGGUGCAUCAAAAUUACUUACUGGUUAACAAUAAUAUCAUCACAAUCAACCCCAAUCAAUCAUCAACCCCUUUUUUAAUUUAAUUUCUUUGGCCCAUGGGAGAAAUAAUCUUUUAUCAACCCCCCCAGUCCUUUUUCCCAUUUCCUUUUUCCCACACACUUCAAUCACCUGCAUCGAAAAUUGUUGAUUGGUUUCCUGUAAACAAUAGAUAUUAUAUUAUUUAUAUUUAUCCAGGUAAUACCAAUACUUGAUCGUCUUUUUCUUAUUAUCUGGCUAAGCUUUUUACAAUUAUACUUGGCUUACUUACAAAAAACGUUCGUAGGAUGUUAAAAAGUUCUAGGUAGAACCCUUUGCUACAAACCCUUUUCUUUUUUCCAAAAAGGUAGUUCUUCUGAUCGAAAUGGUUUCUUGGUAGAAACCCUAUCCUCCCUCCGCAAAGAACCCUUUUUUGAACCCUUUUUUUCUAGCAAUGUAAUAAUCCCUGUUAUCAUUGCUGGUGUGGGGUGCUGGUCCUCCGCCAUGGACGACCCCACCUGAGGGGAGGUUGUAUAUUUACUCGGAGCAUGUACAGGAGGGCUCUAGUAGAAGAAUAUCCUCCAUAAAGACACAACUGAACACUCAGGAGCGAGGCCUGUGGGACCAACACCAUGAGUCAUAAUGUUGAGAAUGAACCCAAUUUCCUCCUGUGUGUUACCUAUUACAGAGAAAUAGUAUGGCAUCACACAUGGCAAAACCCUAAUAUCCUAUACUGUGCACUACUUUUGACCAGGGUCCUAAGGCUCGGUAUUUUGUCCCGUUUGAGAUUAAAUUGAAAUUGCAACCAACUUCCUAUGGCUUGUUUUAAAAACAACUAUAUUUUGGAGAUGAUUUUGUUUUCAAAUAACCGAAAGUGAGGGAUUGUAAUCUGAAUAAAGGGAAAAAGGCCAUUCUUGAACAUUGGGUGAGACAUUCUUACUAAUUUGCUAGAGAACCAGUUUGGAUUUAAGUAUAACUUUUGUAUGACUGACACCUUUAGUGAGAGUGUAAUGCUUUAAUAUUAAUCAUUUCCUGCCCUCCGAAUUCAUAUUCAUUAUAUAAAUAGGCCCUUUUCAUUUUGUCUGGCUUGCCAUUUCAAAUAAAAUUGAAUAUCUUUUGCUCAUAUUAUUUAAAAAACUGUUCGCUAGGUGAAGGCAAGGCCAUAAGCAAAUAGGUAAACUGGGAUAUGACUAAAGAUUUAAUCAGGGGGAUUUUUCCACAAAUAGACAGGUAUUUUCCUUUCCAUGGUAGCAAGAUCUUAUCUAUUUUUGCUAACUUUCUAUUAACAUUUAUUGGAAUGAGAUCAUUUCUUUCUUUCGGGAUAUGUAUACCGAGUAUGUCCACAUCCUCGUCAGACCAUUUUAUUGGUAAGGUACACGGUAAUGUAAAAGUUGUAUUUUUUAGUGAUCCAAUACGCAAUAUAGUACACUUAUCAUAAUUUGGUUUUAAUCCAGAGAGGUGAGGCUGUGGAGGGAUCGAAAUUGUGGAUUUAAAAGAAAACAACAUGAAUCAUCAGCGUACAAUGACACAUUUGUUUUUAAGCCCUGGACUUCUAACCCCUUACAAUUAUUGUUGGAUCUGAUUUUACAGCUAACAUUUCGAUGGCAAUAAUAAAUAGAUAUGCCGAUAGAGGACCACCUUGUUUUACUCCUCUUGACAGUUUAAAACUUUCUGACGUAAACAUUAUUUAUUAUUUUACACAUAGGGUUACUAUACAUAACUUUAACCCAUUUUAUAAGAGAUUCUCCAAAAUUGUAUAUAAACUCCAGUCGUACUUUAUCAAAGGCCUUUUCAAAGUCAGCUAUGAAUACCAGGCCUGGUUUCCCAGAUUUUUCAUAGUGUUGUAUUGUUUCCAGUACUUAUAUUAUCUCCAAUGUAUCAUACAUCUAAAAAACCUGUCUGAUUAGGAUGAAUAAUAUCCAACACUACCUUUUUAAUUCUAUGUGCUAAGCAUUUUGCUAUAUUUUUUGCAUCACAACACUGAAGUGUAAGAGGCCUCCAAAUCUUUUAAUGGACUGGAUCUUUAUAUUUACCACUUGGAUCCUGUUUCAGUAAUAAUGAAAUCAGACCUUCUUGUUGAGUGUCUGAUAAUCUACCAUUUAUAUAGGAGGGGUUAAAACAUGCUAAUAACGAUCCGCUGAGUAUAUAAAAAAAGGAUUCUUAUACCUCCACUGGUAUGCCAUCCAGCCCUGGAGUUUUCCCGGACUUAAAGGCUUUAAUUGCAUCAAGAAGUUCCUCCUCUGUAAUUUGGCCUUCACAUGAGUCUUUCUGUAUGGCUGUUAAUUUUACAUUAUUAAUAGAAAUAAAAUCCAUACAAUUAGCUUCGGUUAGUGGAGGUGGAGGAGACUGAAAUGAAAACAUAUGCUUAACGUACUUUACUUGCUCUUUCAAAACAUAAUUUGGUGAAUCAUGGGAGACUCCGUCAUUUGUAACAAUUAGUACAUUCUUUUUGGUAGCAUUUCUAUGUUGAAAAUGAAAAAAGAAUUUGGUUCAUUUUCCCCCAUAUUCCAGUUCGCUUUAUAUUUAUUAUAUAUUACACUUGAUCUUUCUUGAAUAAGUUCCUCCAUUUCUUUUAGUUUUUCCUCUAACUUAUUCUGAGCCUCUAUAGUACAGUUAUUAUUGCUAUCUAUCUGUACUGUUAGUCCUUCCAUUUCCUUUGUUAAUAUGGACUCUUUUGACCUAAAUUGCUUUUGUUUCAGAGAUGAGUACUGAAUUGCAUGGCCUCUAAAGGCACAUUUAAAAGUGUCCCAUACAAUAAGGGGAUCUGCUGUACCUAUGUUAUGUUGGAAAAGGUCAGUUAUAAAUAGUUCUGUCCUAGUUAAAAACAAUAUCAUCCAAUUUCCAAUAUAUAUGCCAAUUAUGUGAUGGUCCGACCGCAUUUUGUCCCCUAUCAACACUUUUUAAACUUUUGGUGCCAGAGAGAAUGACAUAAGAAAGUAAUCAAGACGACUAGCUUGAUUGAGCUUCCACCAUGUAUAUCUCACUCGGUCAGGAUAUUUAAGCCUCCAUAUAUCCACUAGUUCCAAUAUAACCAUGACAUUCGUGAUUUCCUUAAGUGCAUGAGGGUGAUAGUUUGUAGUGUGAUUUCCUUUACGGCCCAUAGAGGUAUUUAAAACCGUAUUAUAAUCUCCCACCAUAAUAAUGGACAAGAGGAACACCUACGUGAGAAUGCUAUUCAUUGACUACAGCUCAGCGUUCAACACCAUAGUGCCCUCAAAGCUCAUCACUAAGCUAAGGAUCCUGGGACUAAACACCUCCCUCUGCAACUGGAUCCUGGACUUCCUGACGGGCCGCCCCCAGGUGGUAAGGGUAGGUAACAACACAUCUGCCACGCUGAACCUCAACACGGGGGCCUCUCAGGGGUGCGUGCUCAGUCCCCUCCUGUACUCCCUGUUCACCCAUGACUGCAUGGCCAGGCACGACUCCAACACCAUCAUUAAGGUUGCCGACGACACAACAGUGGUAGGCCUGAUCACCGACAACGAUGAGACAGCCUAUAGGGAGGAGGUCAAAGACCUGGCCGUGUGGUGGCAGGAUAACAACCUCUCCCUCAACAUGACCAAGACAAAGGAGAUGAUUGUGGACUACAGGAAAAAAAAGAGGACUGAGCACGCCCCCAUUCUCAUCGACGGGGCUGUAGUGGAACAGGUUGAGAGCUUCAAGUUCCUUGGUGUCCACAUCACCAACAAACUAUCAUGGUCCAAACACACCAAGACAGUCGUGAAGAAGGCACGACAAAGCUUAUUCCCCCUCAGGAGACUAAAAAGAUUUGGAAUGGGUCCUCAGAUCCUCAAAAAGUUAAACAGUUGCACCAUCGAGAGCAUUCUGACUGGUUGCAUCACCGCCUGGUAUGGCAACUGCUCGGCCUCCGACCGCAAGGCACUACAGAGGGUAGUGCGUAUGGCCCAGUACAUCACUGGGGCCAAGCUACCUGCCAUCCAGGACCUCUAUACCAGGCGUUGUCAGAGGAAGGCCCUCAAAAUUGUCAAAGACUCCAGCCACCCUAGUCAUAGACUGUUCUCUCUGCUACCGCACGGCAAGCGGUACCGGAGCGCCAAGUCUAGGUCCAAAAGGCUUCUCAACAGCUUGUACCCCCAAGCCAUAAGACUCCUGAACAGCUAAUCAUGGCUACCCGGACUAUUUGCACCCCCACCCCAUCUUCUUACGCUGCUGCUACUCUGUUAAUUAUUUAUGCAUAGUCACUUUAACUCUACCCACAUGUACAUAUUACCUCAACUACCUCAACUAGCCGGUGCCCCCGCACAUUGACUCUGCACCGGUACCCCCCUGUAUAUAGCCUCCCUACUGUUAUUUUAUUUUACUUCUGCUCUUUUUUUCUCAACACUUUUUUGUUGUUGUUGUUUUAUUUUACUUUUCUAUUGAGAAAUAAAUGCAUUUUUGGUUAAGGGCUGUAAGUAAGCAUUUCACGAUAAUGUCUACACCUGUUGUAUUCAGCGCAUGUGGCAAAUAAAAUUUGAUUUGAUUUAUAUUGCUUGUAGGGUAUAAAUAAAUACUUAUACCCUACGUAUAUAUUUUCAAAGAAGUGUGGAUCAUCAUUAUUUGGACCGUAUAGGUUAAUGAGCCAUAUCUGUUUAUGGUCCAAUAACAUUUAAAAUCAUCCAUCUACCUUGAGGAUCUGUUUGGACAAUUUGCACAUUCGGAUCAAAAUUACUGUUAAUUAAUAUCAUCACCCCUUUUUAAUUUCUUUGCCCAUGGGAGAAAUAUAUUUAUCACCCCCAGUCCUUUUUCCACACAACUUCAUCUAAAAUUGUUGAUUGAGUUUCCUGUAAACAAUAGAUAUUAUAAUAUUUAUAUUUUAUCCAGGUAAAUACUGAUCGUCUUUUCUUAUUAUCUGCUAAGCUUUUACAAUUAUAACUGGCUUACUUACAAAAACGAUUCUUAGGAUGUUAAAGGUUCUAGGUAGAACCCUUUGCCUUACAAAUAACCCUUGUCUUCCAAAAAGGGUUCUUCUGAUCGAAAUGGUUCUUGGUAGAACCCUAUCCCUCCGCAAAGAACCCUUUUGGAACCCUUUUUUCUAAGCAUGUAAUAUCCCUGUUAGCAUGCUUGUGGUGGUGCUGCCUCCUCUCAGACGACCCCACCUGAGGGGAGGUUGUAUAUUUAUCUCAGCAUGUACAGGCUCUGAGUAGAGAUAUCUCCAUAAAGACACUGAACACUCAGAGUGAGGCCUGUGGGACAACACCAUGAGUCAGAAUGUUGAGAAUGAGCCAAUUUCCUCUGUUUGUUACCAAUUACAGAGAAAUAGAAUGCAUCACAAAUGGCACCCUAUAUCCUAUACUGUGCACUACUUUUGACCAGGGUCCCUAAGGCUCUGGUAGAGCUCUGGUCAAAAAUAGUUCACUAAGUGGGGAAUAGAGUGCCAUUUGGGACACAGCAAUAGUAAUUUAAUGAUGUCAGAAGGGACGAUAGUGGGCGUUAGGUUCCCUUGUGUUCCUGCAAAUACAGAUGUUGUUUUCGAGGUGUUUGUGUAUGUCAUCGGUUUGGUUGAUUUAGGAUGAGCUUCCCACUCCUGUGAACACAUUGCUGGGAAUUUACUGUGCAUAGAGAUACACGCGCAUACACAGAGAGAGAGUAUGUUCCUGCUGUGUUAAACACUACCCAGUGAUCUCUGUGUGGGUGGGUGGAUGGUUAGUGUUUCCUGUCCACAGACUUUAGGAAAGGGUUAACACGCACAUUACCAUGCUUUUCCCGUUUUUGGUGCAGUUACAGGCCCAAAGUUGACAUAGUAGAAAAACAUAGACUGUACCAAUAACUCAUUUUUACCUCUGCCAUUUUACCCUGUCAACAGAGCCUGAUGUGGCCUCCAGUGACGCCACCAACAUGGAGUGUACCCUUCAGAGGGACCAAGACCAUCACAUCAUCCACGGGAGGAAGUGGUGGAGCAGUGGUGCGUAA